AUGUCGUCCAUGCGAAAUGCCGUCCAACGGCGCAAUCACAAAGAGCGCUCACAGCCCAAGGAGCGCGAGAGGCUAGGUCUCCUCGAGAAGCACAAGGACUACUCCCUCCGAGCCAAAGACUUCAACAAGAAAAAGGCCCAGCUCAAGUCCCUGCGGCAAAAGGCCGCCGACCGCAACGAGGAUGAGUUCUACUUUGGCAUGCUGUCCCGCAAGGGGCCCGGCGGCUUCGUCUCCAAGGGCAAGCGGUGGACGGGCACGGUCGACGGCGACAGGGGCAACCGCGCCAUGGACGUCGACACGGUGCGCCUGCUCAAGACGCAGGACGUGGGCUACCUGCGGACCAUGCGCAACGUGCUGGCCAAGGAGGUGCGAGAGCUGGAGCAGCGGGCCAUCAUGGCCGGCGCGCUAGCCGACGGAGCCCAGGACGAGGACGACGAGGCCGAGGACGAAGAAGAGGAGUUUUCGGCCGGCAGCAGGAGGAAACCGAAAAAGAUUGUGUUUGUGGACGAUGCAGACGAGCAGACCCAGGCCGCGGGAACGGGCACGGGCACGGGGCAGGACGACGACGAUAUGGACUUGGACAGUGAGGAUGACGAUGGCGCCGAGGCCAAGGACGACAGCAAGAAGACCGAGGCAGAGCGCAAAGCAGACAUGGCGGCGCGGCUAAGGAGGAAACUGCAGAACGCGAGGAAGCAGCUCAAGGCGCUCACCGAGGCGGAGAACGAACUCGAGCUGCAGAGAGCCAGGAUGGCCAAGACCGCGACGGUGGGCGGCAUCACAAAGGCCGGCAAGAAGUUCAAGAUUCGUGAGCGGAAGAGGUGA